AUGCCCGUCCCCAUUCAAUCCUGGCAUAUAGAAUCCCAAAGUGAAGACCUCGUCGGUCUGAUACUGAGGGAUCAUGAGCCUGCUCCGCUGGAACUCGGGGACGAUGAAAUCCUGGUGGAGAUGCGUGCAGCGUCACUCAAUUACCGUGACCUGGUCCUGGCAACGGGCUCCAUUCCCCUGAAGACGCGUGGCAGCGUCAUCCCGAGUUCCGACGGGUCGGGGGUGGUCCUCAAGACGGGACGCAAUAUCCCAUCGACCCUGUUCAAGCCAGGCGACAAGGUUGUCACGCACAUGACUUCCGAGCUGUAUGGCGAUUCGUCCCUGGGCGACGAUGAGAUGCCCGCUUUCGGCCACAUCUGCAGCGGGUUGGGGCAAGAGCUAGAUGGCACUCUGACGACGCAGGCUGUCUUCCACCGGAGCUGCCUGGUCAAGUUUGGUGGGGACGUGUCGUUCGAAGAGGCCGCCACUCUGUCUUGCUCGGCCAUCACAGCAUGGAAUAGCCUGUUUGGUCUGAGGGGUCACGAGGUGAAGAAGGGAGAUUGGGUGCUCGUCCAGGGGAGUGGCGGCGUGAGUGUUGCAGCUCUGCAGUUUUCCAGGGCUGUCGAGGCAACCGUCGUGGCCACCACGAGCAGUACCGACAAGGGAGACAGGCUGCGCGACCUGGGUGCAUCGCACGUCAUCAAUUACCGGGAUGUGCCUGGAUGGGGUGCUUUGGCCAAAGACAUGACUCCCGGGAAGCGGGGGUUCGACCUCGUCCUGGAUGUCGCUGGUAAUAUCACGCUCGGGGAGUCCCUCAAGGCCGUCAAGGAUGAUGGCAAGCUGAUCUUGGCGGGUAUGGUGGGUGGUAAUGCUGAGCCGGUAUCCAUGCUGUCCCUCGUCGGCACGAAUGUCACAGCUCGUGCUGUUCUGCUGGGCACUAGAAAGAUGAUGCGCGACAUGGUGGCCUUUGUGCAGGAAAAGGGCAUCAAGAUGGCCCUCGACACUGAGGUUUUCAGCCUCCCCCAGGCCAAGGAAGCGUACCGGAGACUUGCUGCCCAGAAGCACUUUUCCAAGGUGGUCAUUCGUAUCCCGGGGAAUUAG